AUGCAGCCUGAUCAGCGUAAAAAGUCAUCGGUGGAAUUAGAUUUCUUCACGGAGUACGGUGAAGGAAGCAGAUACAGAAUCGAGGAAGUGAUCGGCAAAGGAAGCUACGGAGUCGUCUGCUCGGCUUACGACACACACACUGGAGAGAAAGUCGCGAUCAAGAAGAUCAACGACAUCUUCGAGCAUGUCUCCGACGCGACGCGCAUUCUCCGCGAGAUCAAGCUUCUCAGGCUCUUGCGCCAUCCUGACAUUGUCGAGAUCAAACACAUCCUUUUGCCGCCUUCGAGAAGAGAGUUCAGAGACAUUUACGUGGUUUUCGAGCUCAUGGAAUCUGAUCUUCAUCAGGUUAUUAAGGCCAACGAUGAUUUGACUCCUGAGCAUUACCAGUUUUUCCUCUAUCAGCUUCUUCGUGGCCUCAAGUAUAUACACACAGCUAAUGUCUUUCAUCGGGAUCUGAAACCGAAAAACAUAUUGGCAAAUGCUGAUUGCAAACUCAAGAUUUGUGAUUUUGGACUCGCGAGAGUCGCAUUCAAUGAUACACCAACUGCAAUAUUCUGGACUGACUAUGUAGCAACUCGAUGGUACAGGGCUCCAGAAUUGUGUGGAUCCUUUUUCUCAAAGUAUACACCGGCGAUAGAUAUAUGGAGCAUAGGGUGCAUUUUUGCAGAGCUCUUAACAGGGAAACCUCUAUUCCCUGGGAAAAAUGUGGUCCAUCAAUUGGAUCUGAUGACUGAUAUGUUGGGAACCCCAUCUGCGGAAGCCAUUGGAAGGGUGAGAAACGAGAAAGCUCGAAGAUACUUAAGCAGCAUGAGGAAGAAGAAGCCUGUUCCCUUUUCACAUAAGUUCCCACAUACUGAUCCUCUUGCACUGCGUCUUCUAGAAAAGAUGUUGUCCUUUGAACCUAGAGAUCGGCCUACAGCUGAAGAGGCGCUUGCGGAUCCGUACUUCAAAGGUUUAGCUAAGGUUGAAAGAGAGCCCUCUGCUCAACCUGUCACGAAGCUGGAAUUCGAGUUUGAGAGGCGGAGGAUCACAAAAGAAGACGUGCGAGAGCUCAUAUACAGAGAGUCUCUUGAGUACCACCCAAAAAUGCUGAAAGAAUACUUGGAUGGAUCAGAGCCAACUAACUUUAUGUACCCAAGUGCGGUGGAGCAUUUCAAGAAACAGUUUGCGUACCUCGAGGAACACUACAAGAAUGGUACUUCUCAUAAUCCCCCUGAGAGGCAGCAGCAUGCAUCAUUACCUAGGGCUUGCGUUUUGUACUCUGAUGACAACAAUCCUGCGGUGGCACAACAGAGUUCAGUUGAAGUCACUGAUGGACUCUCCAAGUGUAGCAUCAGAGAUACAGAGAGACCUCGAGGUGCAGACAGGAAUGCUCAGGUGCCAAUGUCGAGAGUUCCUAUAAACGUACCUCAAACGAUCCAAGGUGCGGCAGCGGUAGCUAGGCCUGGGAAAGUAGUUGGGUCAGUGUUACGCUACAACAACUGCGGCGCAGCUACAGGCGUUGAAGCUCUCGAACAACAACAGCGUAGGAUGGUCAGAAACCCUGCUGGUGCUGCUGCGGCUCAAUACCCAAAGAGAAGUCAAGUUUGUAAAAGUAACAGAGGAGAUGAAGACUGCGCUGCCUCCGCCGAAGGUCCAAGCAGAUUGACACAAAACCCUCAGUAUAUACCACAGAAAGUUGCUGCAGCACAAGACACUGCAAUGAGUCGCUGGUACUAA